GGCAAGUGUCUAGCGCCAUGGAAUUUCGGCCCUAACGGUCAGGUUUUCUUGUUGGACGUCAAGCACGGAGGUUGUUCCUUGUUGGUUGUAGGGCGAAUCCAUCUGAGCGGCUGCCGUGCAUGAAGCAUGAAGCCCGGAGCCGCGCCCAGGUACCUUCGUUUCUGCAAUUUAAGAAGGUAAACUCUAUCACAAGCAUCGGCACCCGUGCAAGGGCAACGACGAGGGCCGCAAGGCCCCAAAGCAGUUAGCCGCUAAGCUCCUUUGACCUAGCUCCUAUCAGCCCUGAACAGCUACAAGUGGCUUGGCGCUACAAUGGCCGAAGCAACGUCUUAUCUGUGUCUACCAGAUCAGCUUGACACAGAAUCCAGGCGCGACAUGCCGCAAGAGCUUUUGAUCUCCAUCGUGCGCUUCCUGCCAGCCAACGAGAUCGCGCUCACAGGCCGUCUUGUAAAUAAAGCUACUGCUGCACACUUCCGCGGCCUACAGUAUUGCACUGUGCGGCUGUCGCAGCCUACUCCUCCUCACGACUUCGCGCAGCGCUGGGGCAGUCCCGGCGUCAUGCGAGGCCUGACGCUGAAGCAACGCCGGCAGCUGCUGUGCCUGACAGCAUCCUCCGGCAGCCUCCCCAACCUUCAGGUGGCAGCAAAAUACGCGGGAUGCGUCCUGACAGCCAAACAGCUUGAGGCAGCGGCAGCUGCUGGGCAACUGGAGGCGUGUCGGUGGCUGCGGCAGCAUGGCUGCCCCUGGGGUGACGCUCUGGCUGCAGCUGCAGGGGCGGGGCAGCGGGCGGCUUGCGAGUGGCUGCUGGAACGCGGCUGCCCCUGGAGCGGGGAAGCUGUGUACGCUGCGGCACAAGGGGGCCAUGCGGACCUCAUGAAGUGGCUGCUGGCGCGGAAACCGGAGGGAUUUGGUCUAGUGUACAGCUCAGAGCUGCUCAAGGCUGCCGCGAAGGGCUGCGACUUGGCGACACUGCAGCGCUUGUACAUGGGCUGGCGGAUUGAACAAUUGGUGGAGCUGGAUAAGUGGCAGGUCCUGGCAGCCGCUGCCAGCAGCCCCACUCCCGACUGGCAGGACAAGGUGCUGUGGCUGAAGGAGCGGGGCUGCCCCAAGGUCUACCAUGCAUGUGCUGAAGCUGCUACCUGUUCAGAUGCACUCAGCCGCCUGAGGUGGCUGCGGCAGCAGGGCUACCCAGUGGACUUGACCGCGUCAAUGAAUGCAGCAAAAAGGGGUGACAUCGCCGCCCUGGAUUACCUGCACAAGGAGGAUAAGGAGCUUCUGAUGCAUCCGUUUAUUGUAAUUGCUACGGCAAGGAGCGGGCACCUAACCUGCCUGCAGUGGCUCCACACCCACUUCCACAUCAGCCUUGAGGCUGCACCCAACCCUGCUGCUGGAGGCGGGCACCUGGAGCUCGUUUCCUGGCUGGUGGAGGAGGCGGGGGCGAACCUGACAGCAGAAAUGUUUUCCUAUGCAGCAUUGUCGGGCAACCUGGAGCUGCUGAGGUGGCUGCGGCAACGCGGCUGCCCCUGGGACGAUCACGUCCUCAGCUGCGCUGCAGAGUCGGGCUGUGGAGAGGCUCUAGAGUGGCUGGUGGAGCAGGGCUGCCCCUGGGAGAAAGAUGGCAAGGCCUAUCGUACCUUGAA